UUACAAUAAAUAAAAGAGAAAAUAACUAAACAUAAUCCCGGUAACGCUGGGGUGGCCCAACGUUACGACGCGGUCGACUCGAAGUAGAAGUCUCAUUGGUGUUGUUCGCAUGCGCCACGUCCGACUCCUCCGUUGGUAGGCCUUCCUUGCUAAUUGGACGUUCCACGUGUUCGAUGCCUGACCCAUCCACGUUUGGCCCGUAUCAACUCCCCCCCGCUUAGCCAUAGCCUUGUCCUCAAGGCGUAAAUCUCAAAAAAGCAGCGAUGGGCUGGCUCCCAAGUAGCUUCUGCUGGUGUGCCAUCCGACCACUGGACGAGCCAUUCCUCUCGUGGCGCCCCAUUGACAAGCACCUGCCGCCUGUCCCAAGCUGCGAGCGGGGUGGAGAGUGGUCGGCCUUUGACGAAUUCCAGAGAUCGUUUGUGUAUCAUAAGCAUUCAAUAAAGCUGGCAAUCAUAAUGGAACAAGAAUCCUCUGAUCAUGUUUGUGUGUUGAAAGUGGACGUGAAUUGUUGCUUCGGCUGUAGAACCAAAUUGAAGAAAACGCUUUUGAAGCGCCCUGACGUGUUUUCCGUGAAGUACGACUCAAUAACCAAAUGGGCCACAGUGAGAUGCAACUGCGAGCCGUCCGUGCUGGUGGAGUCCAUUAAGAAAAUGGGCAAAUUGGCCAAAGUUGUGGACCCGGCCCAGUUUCACGCUUCCGCCGGCGACAAUAACAAAUCGGAUCACAAUAACAAUGGCAGUAAAUGCUGCGACUCCAGGGGCAAGAACGAAUCUCAGGCGUGUUCCGGCGGAGAUGACGGCUGCUUCAAACGCAGCGGCGGAUCGAAAACGGAGAAACACGCCUGCGCGCCGCCGCCGCCGGUGGACGAGAGCAUCUGCAGGGAUCAAUUCUGUAAGCUUCACAGGAGACCCGGGAACGGGUUGGAUGGAUCCGUAUUUUGGAAUCAAGCCGGCCCGAUCGGUCCGAGUUUCGGAGUGCCGCCGCAGCCUUACCCACCGCCGCCUUCUUACGGGUACUACGGUCAUCCCGGUGUGAUGCCACCGCCGCAACCGCCGGGGUACGGUUUAUACCCGGCUGCAAUUCAGAUGGGCACGCCAGGGGCAAGAUUGGAAUUUCCUUUCAGCUCUUUGUACGAUCAGAAUCCUACCCAAGGUUGCAAUACAAAGUGAUUCAGUGAAGAUGAUGAUCCUCCUAAUCCCAGGGGCAAGAUUGGAAUUUCCUUUCAGAUUUAAUUCUUCUUGCUAUCUUGUGCAACAUUCUGAACAUUUGCAUAUGCUAAUACAUCGAAUUCUAAAAAGAGGCCUUAAUGUCUAUUUUUAUUGUAGUGAAUGAUUUUCUUUUACAUUUAUAUUUAUAUACUUUUGAUUUUUCUAAAGUCAAACUAGUAUUUUACUAAUGUGAUGGAUUAUAUUAUAUCUAAAAUUUGUUAUUAAUAUACGGGGUAUUAAAUUUAAAUUACUUGU